UUUCAACCUUAAUGAUUCUAUGGAGUGAGCAGCAUCAUGGGCAUCACAGAACGGGCACUACCACCCCAUGUGCAGAAGUCUGAACCUCCAGGCAAAACCUCCAGCUCAUGUUUCAUUUUCCCUGUGGUUGUUGUCUCUUGCACAGCUACAAGAGCGUGGUGACACCCCGGCGAGCAGCAGUGGCCAUCGCUUGCUGUUGGAUCGUCUCCUUUCUGGUGGGACUCACCCCAAUGUUCGGUUGGAAUAACCUGAACAAGAUGCUGGGGACUCGGGAUUUGAACGCCAGCCACUCAGAUUUUGUCAUCAAGUGCCAAUUCGAGACGGUCAUUAGCAUGGAGUACAUGGUGUACUUCAACUUCUUCGUCUGGGUCCUGCCGCCCCUGCUGCUGAUGCUGCUCAUCUACCUGGAAGUCUUCAAUCUCAUCCGCAAGCAGCUCAACAAGAAGGUCUCCUCCAGCUCCAACGACCCCCAGAAGUAUUACGGGAAGGAGCUGAAGAUCGCCAAGUCCCUCGCACUGGUUCUCUUUCUCUUCGCGCUCAGCUGGCUCCCUCUGCACAUCCUCAACUGCAUCACCUUGUUCUGCCCAUCCUGCAAGACGCCUCACAUCCUCACCUACAUCGCCAUCUUCCUCACCCACGGCAACUCGGCCAUGAACCCCGUUGUCUAUGCCUUCAGGAUCAAGAAGUUCCGGACAGCCUUCCAGCAGAUCUGGAACCAAUACUUCUGCUGCAAAACCAACAAAAGCAGCAGCAGCACCACAACUGAGACGGUCAACUAAGAGCUGAGAGACCACCGCUGCCAGGGAAGGGGGGAUGAGGACCCAGGAGGGCUGAGUUUGCCAUUCCCCAUGCAAUCUGAACAGCCCAGCCCCCGGGCUGCCCCAAGGGGUUAUUUAUUCACGAGCAUCGUACUGUUUUGAUAUUGUAGCCUGCACUGUUCCUUUCUUUUUAUUAUUAUUAUUAUUUUUUUGUUAUCGUUCCUGUUUUAUUAUUUUUAUUUUUAAGUGUUGCCAAGUAUUUAAGGAGAUGUUGUACAGAUAAAGAUGCGGUUUAUCUUA